AUCUGUUCAUGUUAAUCCAAAUACUAAUAGGAUUAUGUGGAAUGAGAUCAAUUGUUCUCAACUCAGUGGUAGAUUCAUUGAAUAUAAUGUACUUAUACAGAAUGUAUAUGUAAAUGAGCUUGUGUUUGGUACUGAGUAUAACAUCAGUGUAGCUGCUGUCAAUUCUGUUGGAAGAGGUCCCUUCAGUGAUCCUAUUUUAGUAGAGAUUGGAGCUACUACUAGCAGCAGUUGUAAUGCAUCUAAUGAUGGUGCUGCUAUUGGACUGGGGAUUUUUGUAGCUAUAUUGAUGAUUCUAUUAGCUGUUAGUCUUGCUGUCAAUAUCUACUGCUUUAUAAAAUUUAUAUACCCUGUGAUUGCCACAAAAACAAGUAAAUCUUCUGCUGAAGAAUCAAAUAAAAAUGAUGAAGACAUAACAAUGAAAGAAUGUGAAUCGUAUGGUCUUCAUGAAUUAAAUAAAGCAGUAAUUUAUGAGGAGUGUGAUAAUAAACUCCCUGUUGUUGAUGAAUCUACUACUCAUAAAAAACCAGUUAAAUCUUUUGUUGGUGCAUCUACUACUGAUGAUAAACCAGUUAAACCUAUUGUUGGUGGAUCUACUACUGAUGAUAAACCAGUUAAACCUGUUGUUGUUGUUGAUGAUGAACCACCUGCUGCUGCUGUACCUCCUGCUGUUUAUGAAGCAUUGGAUACUGAUGAUGUCAUACACCAUGUUGAUGACAUUAACAUAUAUGAAACAUAAACUAAACUUUUUUGAUUAUGCACACAUGCAUACUGGAUUAAUUGCUGUACUAAUAGAUAGUGGGACAUUAUUCAAAUAACAUUAUAACAAGCUUUAGAGUA